AUGCGUCCGGUGUUGUGUCUUCUGCUCCUCUUUCUCCGGACUGCGGAGCUCCGUCAUGUGCAGCCGGGGUCCGAGCUGGAGACGCAGCGGGCGGAGGAUGCUGCAGGGAGAGAUGCGCCCCUCUCCCCGGGAAGGACUUCUCUGCACCGGGUUGAAAGUUUGAGAGUGGCCCCCCUGAAGCGAGUUGCCCGGGGAGCCAAAGACGGGAGUUUCAGGAAAAAAGACCCGCACUCCUCGACCACUUACGGGCAGCCCCGGCGGCUGGAUGACCCUGGUGGUUACUUCACCACGCAGCGCACCGCCCGGUUCAUCUCCGCCCUACCCGGUAACACCUCAUCGGGCCGGGGCUCGGGGCUCCUCAACCCGCUGUUCCCGGUUACCGAUGGCUCCUAUUGGGCGUACGCCGUUAUGCUCCUGGCGCUCGUGCUGUUCGCCGCGGGCAUCGUGGGCAACCUCGCGCUCAUGUGCAUCGUGUGGCACAACUUCUACCUGAAGAGCGCGUGGAACUGCAUCCUCGCGGGGCUCGCGUUCUGGGACUUCCUCGUGCUGUUCUUCUGCCUGCCCGUGGUCGUCUUCCACGAGCUCACCUUGAAGAGGUUGCUAGGAGACCUGUCCUGUCGGCUCGUGCCCUAUCUGGAGAUAACCUCUCUGGGUGUGGCCACUUUCAGCCUCUGUGCUCUGAGUAUUGAUCGUUUCCACGCGGCCACAGGUCCGGGGCCCCUUCACACGCCGAGAGUGGAGCCCUGCCAGUCCAUCUUAUCCAAGCUGUCCGUCAUCUGGAUGGGCUCCAUGGUGUUGGCGGCCCCUGAGCUGCUGUUGUGGCAGCUCCUCCAGGAAACUGUCAGCCUGCCGGCGCUCCCCACUGACCUGCAGCAGAGCCAUGUGGGAGGCUCUUUGAUGGCUGCAUUUAGAGCCCGAAAGGAGGCGUUCGUGGUGGAUAUCUGUGUCCGUGAGCCGUCUGUGGAACUCCCAGAGAGCAUCUACUCUCUGGUGCUGACCUACCACGAGGCCCGGAUGUGGUGGAUCUUCGGGUGCUACAUCUGUUUGCCACUUCUUUUCACUCUGGCCUGCGACUUAGUUACCAGGCAGGUGUUAGCCCAGCAUGAGAUGCAGAAACCCGGCAGUGAAAAGGUGACCGGCAGAUGCUCCUCCACCUCCUCUGCGUCUUCCUCCUCGACAAAGAAGAAGCAGAACGUGAGGGAGCACAGGCUGCGCUCUACUGUGAUGGCGCUCACCAUCUUGUACGUCACGUGCAACCUGCCGGAGAGCAUCUGUAACAUCACCCUGGCUUACAUCUCUGUCCCCAUGGCCGCAGCCCUCCCUCCUCUGGCUCUGUCAGCGCUGAGUCUGAUCGGACAGUUCCUGCUGUUCGUGCGUUGCUCUGCGACACCGGUGCUGCUGCUGUGCCUCUGUCGCUCGUUGGGUCAGGCCUUCAUGGACUGCUGCUGUUGCUGCUGUGAUGAGUGCAUUCCCGACAGCAAUUCCUCUUCAGCUUCCUCUGCCUCGACCGCCGCCACCUCCACCGUCUCCUCGCCCACAUCACUCUCGCCACCCUCCCUGGCUCUCUCCAGUAAAGAGGACACCGUGAAGGGUGUGUUGGCAACAGAACCGGCAGUCUGCUACGACAGGGCUAAAGACUCUUCAGUAGCUCUCGGGACGCCCUGCUGAGAUCCAGAACUGCU